UUGGUUGUGCUUCUGGCAAUCAUUGCAAUUAUUUUCGUGAUUGUGUGCGGACGUUCAUAUUUUCACAUAGUUCGUGGUGCGGUAAAAAGUAACGGAAAAAUAGUUAAAUAAAGAAAACCCAGUUUUAAAAGCAAGCAAAAUUGUAAUAGUAAAAUUUAAACAUUGAAAAAUAAACUAAAACUCUACAAAAAACGCGUUUUAAAACUGCUGCAGUAACAAACAUAGUUUUCUGCUAUCCACCCACGCUUGGCGGCAAUUAUCGAAAUUUGUGCGCGUAUUUGUAUUUUUGGACAUUUCUGUAUCCUUAUUCUAUUUUUAUCGAAAGUCGGUUUUCACAAGUGGGGGAAACUUUAGUAUAGUAUCCCCCGAUUUCAGGGUUAAAAUGGUGUUUGUCAUUUUGCCAGUGACAUUGUGUGUGCGUGCGUGUUUAAUCUGCUAUCCUUUGUAUCCUGUCAUUCGUAUUACAACUUGAUAAGGGUGUGUACUCGAUGACCUACCCGCUGGAAAGGAAUCUGAAGUGUAAUAUAAAAUAAACAAGUGAAACAUACGUGUACACCUGCAACUGCAGCAUUACAAUAAAGUGCAAGUUGAAAACUAUAAGAAAAUACGCCCUACGCAAGUGAGCAAUCAAGCUAGUUUUUGUAACACACAAACAAAGUAUAAAAUUUCAUUAAAAUGUCGGUAUCAUCAAAUGCUUCGUCUGCAUCGUCAUCUGUAACUGGUGUGCCCAUCAGCAACGGCAGUGGGAACAGACCAUCGUUGGGGCGUCCGGGCAGCUGUGACUCGUCCUCCGCAGGCAGUGACUCGUCUGAAUUAACACAUAUUUUGAAUCGCAGACAAGUAAUUAUGGAUUCGCAAGAAGCAGGCAUUGAAGUGCCACAUCAAUUCAAAGUAGUUAACGUAUAUACGGAAUUCCAUGAGUUCUCGAGGAAACAAAUCAAGGAUUAUCAGAAAACCUUUAAUAAAUACGACGUUGGUCAUGACGGCUAUUUGGAUCUGACCGAAUUGAAAUUCAUGAUGGAAAAAUUGGGCGCCCCACAAACUCACUUGGGACUCAAGCAAAUGAUCGCCGAAGUCGAUGAGGAUCACGAUGGUAAGAUUUCAUUCCGCGAAUUCUUGUUGAUCUACCGCAAGGCACAAGCCGGUGAGCUCGAUACCGAUUCCGGACUCAAUCAAUUGGCGCGUCUCACCGAAAUCAAUGUUGAGGAGGUCGGCGUGACCGGUGCGAAAAAUUUCUUCGAAGCUAAAAUCGAACAACAACUGCGAUCGAAUAAGUUCCACGAUGAGAUACGACAAGAGCAGGAGGAGCGACGUCGCGAGGAAGAGGAACGUGCCAACCGACGUUUACAAUUCCAACAGCGUGCAGCGAUCUUUCAGUAAAUUGUAGCGCGGAGGAGGGGGAACGUAAGGGGGGUACAUUUCGGGAAACUUUUAAGAAAUAUCGUCAUCAUCAACAACACUUUGUAGAUUUUAAGGAAAAAACGGCAGUUCACUGCAACGUACUGAUUGGAUGGAUGCGCAGGUGUUUUAGCAGAACGGUCAGUAAUAGUAGAAGGAGGAGGAAUAUGAACCACUCACACACAUCGCAUAUCGCAUAAAUAAUUUAUAAGUUACACACACACACAAACACAAGUGAAACAAAAAUUGAAACUAAAUAUGAAUGUAGCAUUUUACGUGCAGCAAAGCUUAAAAGUGCGCCAGAAAAUCGUAAAAAACCAAAAAAAAAGUUGAUAUAAACAUAUAUACAAAAGUGCAUAAAUACUUUUUUAGCUUAACAAGUAUUGAUACCAAAUUAUGUAUCUGAAGAGCGCCAAUACUAAGUUUAGUUUGUUUUAAGCCUUCACGAGAAACUUAAUUGCUUUGCUUUAGUGUGUGCUGUCAUGGGUAGAAGUGUAAUUUUAACAAAAAAAUCGCUCAAAAACACGUUUUCGAAAAUAGUUAAAACAAAUUUUUUUUUCUUGAAACCUUUUGGAAUAAUUGUUGUGAUUUUUGUCAGAAUUUAUUGUUUGAAAAUUUUCACAAAAUUUUAUUUUUGAAAUUUCUAAAAUAAAUUUACUUUUAUAAAAAAAAAAAUCUGUUAAAAAGUUUUGAAAAGUCUAAAAAAGUAUCAGUCAGCGUCACCAAUUAGCAAAAUUUUUUGUAAAUUUUUAUACUAACUGCAAUUCUGAAAACUGAACAAAACAUUUUUUCUUUUAUAUUAUUGUAAAUUUUUUAAAAAAAGUUUUACUGAAAGUUUUGAAAAUUUUAAUUAUGCAUUUUAUUUAUCUCCAUUUUUACCAAAAAGCUUUUUCAUUUAAUUUUUUUAAGUGUUAAAAGUGCGUUUAAAAUUUCGAUUUUUUCGAUUUAUUCAAAAUUUAUUUUUUUAUUUAUGAUUAAAUUUUUUUAUAAAUUUAAUUUUGUUUUUUUUUUGUUAAUUUUAAUUUUGUUUCAUUAAACGUUCAAAAAUAUAGUAAUUUUUCGACAUUUGAAAUAUUUAAAAUUCAUUUAAGCUGCUGCAAAAUUUAAAACAUUUAAUAAUUUUUUGAAUUUAAUUUAACUUUUUAAACUUAAAUAUUAAAUUUUUGCAAAAAUGUGAAAAAUGUUGUUGUAAUUUGUCAUUUUUUAUCUUUGAGACAUUUUAAAUUUUUAAAGAUUUUAUUGAAAAUUAUAAAUAUUUUUAUGAGUUUUUUAAUUUAAAUUUUUUUCAAUUUUACAUUGAAAUAUUUUUAGCAUUUUAAAAGUUUUAUUUGAUAAAUAAUAAUAAUUUUAAUGUUUUUUUUUAAUCUUAAUAUUUUUUUUUUUAAUUUUAAUAUUUUUUUAAUUUUAAUAUUUUUAUUAUUUCUAAAUUUUUUAUUUUGAAAUCUAAAAUUAUUUUUUUAGAAUACACUUUUAUAGCUUUUCAAACAUUUUAGCAAAGCAAUUGACAAGCGUAUAAUUCAUUUUAACGUAAACAUAUUCAGAAUGCGUAUUACUUUUUAGAAAAUAAUUUUAUUAUUAUUUCUUUAUUUGUUUUCGUUCUUUCUUUAAAAAAAUAAAAAAAAAAUUUAUUUUUUGUUAUCAAUUUUUGAUUAUUGUAUGUAUUUUUAAAAAAUUAUUUUAAACUAAAAAAAGAAAAUCGCAAAAAAAAAUAUUCAACACUGCAGAAUUGUUGUUGUUGCAUUUUGUAGCCGUUUAGCGUAAGCAUUUAGUUGUAUGUACUUGUCAAAAGCAAUAAUGCGCACUAUAAACAAUAUAAGCUCUAUAGUAAUUAUAAUCGUGUAACGUACAAUUAACGACCUACAUAUAGACAUACAUACAUACAUACAUAGCUAUGCACUUUUAAAACCAAAACAUAAUUUAUUCAAUUUCUUUUAAGUUUUCUUCUUUUCA